AUUCCUGGAUGACUUAAUUGAAAAUCUUGCCAGCCACAUGAUCAAAUGUCCCUCUUGGAUGCAAUGAAUGCUGGAUGUCUGGAUAUAUCUGCAGCAGAUUACCAGAGAUGGACCAGUAGGUGGCAGCAGUGCAGCACUGAGAGGCUGCAGGCUGCCGGGAAACCUCAGAGAAGAAGUACGUUGUGACGUAUGCACGUUGCCAUGACUACUCCGUGACAGCAGGUGGCGGUGUCUCACCUGACGUCAGUCACCGCUGGACACCAGAAACAAAGUGUUUGUUGCUCCUCUUCAGACUGGCAGAAACAAUGGAUCAGAAAAUUCCUUAUGAUGAUUACCAGCUCCCAGUGGUAUUCCUGCCUUCUUAUGAAAACCCCCCAGCAUGGAUACCUCCACAGGAGCGGGUUCAUCAACCGGACUACAACAAUGAGCUCACCCAGUUCCUUCCUCGUACCGUUGUGUUGAAGAAACCUCCAGGGGCGCAGCUGGGCUUCAACAUCCGAGGCGGCAAGGCGUCACAGUUGGGAAUCUUUAUAUCCAAGGUGGUCCCAGACUCAGAUGCCCACAGAGCGGGGCUUCAAGAGGGAGACCAGGUCCUUUCUGUGAAUGAGGUUGAUUUCCAAGAUAUAGAGCAUUCAAGAGCUGUAGAGAUUCUGAAGACUGCACGAGAAAUACUGAUGAGGGUUCGCUUCUUUCCCUACAACUACCAAAGGCAGAAGGAGAGGACUGUACAUUAGGUGGCGGCAAAGAGAGAGAGAGAGAGAGAGAGACCCGAGAGAGAGAGAAGAGAGAGCGAGAUGUUGACGGACACGUCACUGCACGUCAUCACCCUCCUCCCACAGACUCUGGCCUCCAUUCUGUCUCCGCUUCAAGAUGCCUGAUGUAUGACAAAUAGACUCAUUUAAAUUGCUCCAUGUAAAGGUGACGUAUACUCUGUUAGAUACUCGGUUUCCUCUGUCACCCAGAUACUCCCCAAUGUGGUACAUGAUUUCUACUGCAUCAGGGUGUAUUCACAGGAAGUGAAGGAAGAAGCUUAGUAGACAUUUUAAAUGAUAAAUUAUGUAACUGAUACAUAUUUUCUAGUCAGGCAUAACAUUUAUAGAGCCUGUAUUGUUUGAUUAAGCAUUUCCUCAAACCCUACUGUACAAAUUUGCCUUGAUGACACUGAUAUAAAGUAGAGUCAUGUAUAUAUAUAUAUAUAUACAUAUACAUACACUCAGUUGGUAGUUGAUUAGUUAUGCCUAGCUAAUUCUAUCCAAUACAUCAACCCAGCGAUAAUGUCCCCAUUAGGUUUUUAUGUUGAAACUGUUUUAAAACACUUGACUUCAUCAACUUACUGACUUUUCCUGGAGCUCUCAAGCGCAGUUCUGUAGUUUCUUUUAAUGUUUCUUAUAUUGUGUCUACCCAGUUUAUAUUAAUGAGGGGUAGACUAAAUAUUGUUUUUUUUAAAAGUACCAUAAACCACAAGCUCCAAAAUGACCUUACUGUUGACUCAGCACCUCUGCUCUCUAACAGUUUGACACACACAAUUUGAACAUUAUAACAUAAUAUUUAUUACAGAACUGUUUUACUAGGCUGCAUUAGUUGUAGCUAUGUGUACUCACACUGGCAACUGAGUGUAUAUAUGUGUAAAGAAAUGAACAUGUACAUAUGACUUGGAUUUUAGUACACACUGACACGUAUGGUACAAAGACAGCAAGGUGUUAGAUAUUUAAGAGCAAAUUAUAGUGCAAGACUUCUGGUAGAUAAAAAAUAAUUCGAAAAUAUAAAAUAUUUAGUUGUUUUUUUUUUUAAUUGUGUGGAAAAGUAUUAAGCUGUGUAAAUAUUUCAGUGACUGCUAUCAGCAGUAUUUUAACACUGUCAACCAUCCAUUUCAUGUUUCAUGCAUUACAUUACAUGAACUGCUCCCGGGCUGAAUCAUACUGUAGUUUUUUGAUAUAUAAACUGAGGUGCCAAACUGUUUAAUAGGACAUUGUGCCUCAGAUCUUACUGUAGUGGUGAAAACCUGUAAUAAGGUGUUUUUUAUCUCGGUGAAGAGGAGAAUCUGAUAGUAGCAGCAAUUCAUUCCAACUCAAGACUUUAUCAGGUACUUUUAUCAUUUUAGCCUCUGUGGUUCAGGACAAUCUGCAGAUACAAGCUUUCGUCAUAAAGUCCACAUGUAUUGGAGGGAACAUUUAUAGAAAACAAGUUGAAUACUUGUGGAUGUUACUGCUAGUAUGUGGUUAGAUCAUUUGUUUUAAACGUUUGGAGACUGAUGUAAAUUAAUCUGUUGCAUCUCACUGUCUUAUUCUUUUGUACACUAAUCAUUUUUAUAAAAAGGAAUAACUUUGUUUUCCAUCUGAUGAACAUAGGAUAAUUGUUUUUCAGCAUUUUUCAUCAAAGAGCAUGACACUGACACUAAAAAGAAAUAAAACAUUUUAAACUCUA